CCGUCGGUAGAGCAGCGACUGAGGAGAUGGCAGCGGCAGCGGCUCCUGUCCUCCAUCCAACCUUCCUCCCACCCUGUACAUUGUGUCCUUUCAUGCUAGUGAAUUAUUGUGAUGUUUAACAGUGAUAUUUUGAUAAAAUAUAAAUAGCAAACAUGUUCAGUUUUGCAAAUAAAAUGCUGAAUGCCCUCGUGGGCAACGAGGAGCCUACAUCUGGCGCACCGAGUGGCUCUGUACCGGGAGCGCCGCGCCCUCAGAGCCCUGGCCUAUUAAGAAUGGGUGGUCCAGCAGGGCCUCGUGGCCCUAUGCAAGGCAUGACAGGGCCCAGACCGCCGGGAAUGGGUGGAAACAUGGGGCCUGGUGGAUUUGGAGGCCCGGGGGCGAGACCUGGUGGCCCAAUGGGUCCUGGCGGUCCAAUGGGUCCCGGAGGCCCUAUGGGCCCUGGUGGACCUAUGGGCCCUGGCGGUCCGAUGGGUCCUGGUGGUCCGAUGGGUCCUGGUGGUCCAAUGGGUCCUGGUGGUCCAGGUCCUGGUGGACCAAUGGGACCUGGUGGACCAGCAGCUCCUGGAGGACCUGGAGGACCGGGAGGUCCAGGAGUACCAGGAAGUCCUGGCAGUGUCAUGAUGCCCGGGGGACCAGGUGGGCCAGGAAGUGUUGGUGGUCCCCCUGGCAUGAAUGGACCAGGAGGACCAGGGAUGAACCGCCCACCGGGACCAGGAAUGAGCCCGAGACCUCCUGGAAUGGGACCAAUGGGACCGAGAGGUGGACCUCGACCCGGUGGACCUAGAGGAAUGCCACCACCUGGCAUGGGUCCUGGAGGUCCGAGAGGAAUGCCCCCAGGAAUGGGUCCUCGUCCAGGAAUGGGUCCAAUGGGGCCACGUGGAUUAGCAAUGAAUGGGAUGGGUGGGCCUCGUAGCCCUAGACCUGGUCUCCCUGGCCCUGGGGGCCCACGUGGACCCAUGCCAGGUCCAGGACCUAUGGGUCCAACUCCUGGAAAUCCACCGAAUGCAAAUAUAGGACCAGGCCUCCAGCGACCCCCACUCUCAGAGCCGCCUGGAAGAAAACUCGGUCCAGGAGGCAAUCUUCCAGGAGGCAAUCUUCUCCCAAACCAGACACAGGGGGGAGGCCUACAACUUCCCACCACUUGGGCACAAAACACAAUGACCUCCCAACCCGAUAACAAAGACCUCAAACAAACGAACUCAGACAUGAGCAAAAGGACAGGGAUCACGAGGCAAGGUUCCCUCGGCCAGGAGCUCCAUGAAAAGACGUUCCUAAGUAACCAAAAUUCCCCAAUGUCUAGUGUGUUAGGUAACCGGGCUCCCCCCAACAGCAUGCAAGACAAGGCAGGACUACUACAACAACAACAACAACAACAACAUCAACAACAACAACAGCCUUUAUUCGGUUCCCUAGGCGGGAGCACGACGGCUUCGCAGGGAGCGGCUGUGCCUGGCACCCAGGCGCUAAUGGCCGGUGCUCCUCAGGCGGGCACCAGCAUAGUUCCCGGUGUCCAGACACAAUCAAGGGCGCCCGAUGUUGACCUCAGCCAACUGAGCGAAGAGGAAAGAAGCAUUAUCCAAAGUGUCAUGGCCAAAGCGCAGGAAUUGGAAGGACAAGAUCCCGCUACUAGAAGCGGAGACGACCCAACUCGCCAACAUCAGGAUAACAGCAUGAUGGGAGACAAGACCAUGGGGGGACCACUGAGCCAACAGCAGCGACAGCAACAGGCCGCCCAGCAGCAAUUCCAACAGAAACUCUCUCAGGCUGGCCUUGGGAGUGCUCCUCAGCAGCCACCUGCCAAACAGCUAUCGGGACCUGCCGGCAUUCGUCCUCAGGGUCCGCAAUCUCAAUUUGGACCCAAUAAUAAAACAGGACAGCUCAGUUCACCUGGACCACCAGUCCAAUUAGGUACAAACAGCCCACAGGGUUCAAUGAGACACAAUGAACCUUUUAUGCCUCAAGGGCCCAAAAGUCCAUCUGGCUCACAUACUUUACGAUCCCAGUUGCCUACAGGUGGUAGUCCUCAUGGGCCUUUCUCGACCCCUGGUGCUCCUGGAAUGCGCAACGGGUCAGCGUCUCAGGCGGGACGACCUAUGGACGCCAAUGACAUUAAGUCACAGGAUUUACAUUCUCCUAUGCAGUCCCAAGGCAGGUCAGCUGGUUCAUUAGGUGGCCCAAAUACAUCCUCCUCUCUCAGCUCACCCCAGUCCAGGGAUGGACACAGUUCACUAGAAAACACCCAUGGUCAGCAUGCCAACUCACAACAACUACCACCACCAUCACAACAACAACAACAACAACAACAACAGCUGCCAACAACGACUACGGUGGGAGGGACGCCCACCACUCAGACUGCGUCGUCCCAACAGCCUGCAGAUGAGACUGACAGGGGUAUGUUCGGCACACAGCCUGACCAGCGAAUGGGUCCACAUGGAAUGCAAAGUCAACAGGAUACAUUACAUCAGGACCAAUUAAAUGCUGACCGGCUAAAUGCUGGUCUUGGUCCGAAUUCUACGGGUUUGGAUGCAAGGCGAGGGCAGCUCCGGUCUCAAGUUUCCUUAGAGGGCAAUCUCCUUGGCCCAGGGAUGCUACGAGGUCCAGCCGAUGGCCAGGAUACUCGAGGGCCAUCAACCACUAUAUCCCAAACCAAUUCGACGACCGGCGGCAUCAAUACUGUAGCGAACCGCAUCCCCGUGGGAGGUGUGAAGCUUCCUGGAAUGGGAGAAUUGCAGACUUCCAGCCAGUUGUCGCCUAAUGUCAAUCCAGGGUUGUUGGGUGGCUUGCAGAAGGGACCAGGUCAGACUCAGAUGGACAUGCAAACAUCCCAAGCAGGAACCCAGCAGACCUUGCAGCAGGGCAUGACCCAGCAGGCUCAGAUGCAGCAGGAUCAACAGCAACAGCUAAUGCAAGGAAAACUGGGCAUGAAAGAUCCAACUAGCAUGACAGGGACUUUAGGACCAACGGGCAUGUCAACCACCGGAGUGCCCACUACGUCGGCUCCAUAUGACCUUCAAGGAACUGGUAACAUCCACGGGCACAUGGGACCCAACACCAACGCACUCAACACUCAGGCCAACAUGCAAGUCAACCACUUGAACAACCAGACCAUUGAACAUAAAAAUCUCCAUAACCAAAACCUGCAAAACAUGCAGCCGCAAAAUAAUCAGUUUAUAAGCAAUCAAAUGACCGAUCAACAGGGUACUCAGCAACUACAGAAUGCUCUCUCCUCGACUAAUCCUUUACAACAAAACAAACUGCAGAACCCGAUGCAACCCAAUCAAACUAUGGGUCCAAUGGACAUGCAAAUGCAGACCCCAAAUAAUAUCAUGGGUCAGCAUGGGUCUCUUAUGGGUAAUCACGUCAAACCAGGCAUGGGUGGCAUGACCAAUACCCAGCUACCGACGACAAUGCCCUCCCAAAUGCCUAAUCAGGGUAACCAGAUGGACCUCAUGAACCACGUGGGACACAUGAACCAGAUCAACCAGAUGCAGAGUGCCAUGAGCGCCCAGGGAGAUAAAAGCCUCACAAACAUCUUGCACGGCACUCAGCUCCAAGGCCACCAGAACCCGCACCAGCCACACGGGGGGCAAAACAGCCCGUACCAGGACCAUCUUCACCAGCAGCAGCAGCAACAGCAGCAGCAACAGCAACAACACCCGAAUCAACAGCAACAGCAUCAGCAUCAGCAUCAGCAACAGCACCAACAACAGCAGCAUCAGCAGAAUCAGAAUCAGCCUCACCUUCCAUCGGCAUCAUCGGCACUUAGUGGUCUUAGCAGUCUUUUUGGCCUUCAGAAGAAUCGACCAGGCCUCAUAGGUGACCUAUUUAAAGGAAAAGGAGAUGGCGCCAGUCAACAACACCAACAGAGUCAACAACAACAACAACCACAGCAUCAACAACAACAUGGCUUCCAGCAGAUGAACCAACAACAAAACCUCCAACAACAACAGAUGCUUCAACAACAACAGCAGCAGCAGCAGCAGCAGCAGACGCAACAACAACAACAAAUGAACAUGCAACAGCAACAACAACCCUUCCAGCAGACGAUGCAGGCAGGUCUGCAGACUCAGGUCACACAAAACCUCCAACAACAGAACUACACACAACAGCAGGCACUCCAACAACAAAAUCUCCAACAGCAAAACUUACAACAACAACAAAGCCUACAACAGCAAAACCUCCACCAGCAAGAGAACUUCCAACACCAGCAGCAGAACCUCCAACAGCAGCAGCUGCUGCAGCAACAGCAGAACUUGCAGCAGCAACAGCAGACGCUACAGCAUCAGCAGAACAUGCAGCUGCAGCACCAGCAAGACUUGCAGCAUCAGAUCCAGAAGCAGCUGAUACAGCAGCAGCAGAAGGGCCGGAUGAUGGGGGUCAAAGGGGAUCAGUAUUCUUCGGCCUACACCGGCAUCUCUCCCCCGUCCCGGCCGCUCUCCAGGGAGGACCUCUACGGGCAGCAGCAUAUGGGUCUGCCCGAUGGCACGCUACAAGGACCCGGCAUGCCGCAGCAGAGACCUGCGCCCCUCUCACCCACGGAAAUGCGGGGCGUGAUGGUGACGACUUCAGGCAUCGUGAAAUCCCUCGACCGCCCCAGACAAACGACGGAUGUCAGAGGACCAACUGGGGCGGCGGCGGCGGCGGCGGCGGCGGCGGCGGCGCAGGGGGCUGGAGUCCAGGGCCAGCAAGGGCAGAGUAAAAGCUCCAUAAGUGGGAUGCUGUCCGACUUCACGAGAGCUCUAGGUCUUGGCGGCAACUCCCCCAAAGACGAGCAGAAGGGUCAGAUAGGCGCCAACCUCCAACACCAGCAGCAGCAACAACAGCAACAGCAGCAACAACUGUCGCAAUCUCAGGCUCAAGCACAAGCUCAGGUUCAGUUAAGUAACUCUCAGAGGACGAUGGUCAACGCGCAGGGUCAAGUGGUGAACCAGCAGGGUCAAAUCAUAGGCCAGCAGGUCCUGACCUCGACGGGCCAGUUGAUCACCCAGGCAAACCACGUUCCUCCAGGCGUCAGCUCGCAGCCCCAGACGAUAGUCGGCGGCCAGUUGCUGCAGAACCCGGCCGUAGUAGUAAGUGGCGCUCAGCAGAUGGGUGCUCAACCCUUGCUGUUCCAGCAGAUGACCCCGGCACAGCAGCUGCAACUGCAGCAGAUGCAGCUGCAGCAUCAAGCACAACACCUCAAGAAGAUGAGACGGCAAGACCAGGCCGCGUCGUUGCAACAGCAACUGCUCGGUCAGGGGAAAGUGUCGCCAACGCCCCUCAGAAAAGACCUGGGGGCAUCGGUGCCCGGGCUGCAGCAGCUGCAGAACGUUCAGCAGUCGCUGACGGGGAAGCUGAUGGGACGCGUCACUUCGAAUCUGCCGACGGCGGCGCUCCUCCAGCAGUCGACCAUCACGACCAGCGACGGGAAGUCCCGAGUGAUGCCCGGCCAGACGGUGCCAGUCACGGAGUCUCCACUCUCCUCUCUUCAGAGGCGCAUAGGCAGGCAAGAUUUUGGGGCGCGUCUAAGGUCGUCGACGGACCAGCUGGUCUCCCCGGAGGACUACAGCAUGGCGGGCGUCAACGCCCAGCUGGCCAUGCUGACGGGGACGCCCAGCACGCCGGCGGGGACGCCCAGGGGCCUGAGGGACGACUCUUCGGACACCAUGAGCGAGACGGACAGUCAGAAGAGCCUGAGGAUCAGAAGAAAGCUCCCGCACUUACCGCCGGACCAGGAGGCGGCGCCCCUUCCGUCUCAUAAAAAGAAUUCCUUCGGACUGAACGCCAAAGACCGUGUCAGGUCCCAGAUGACGCGGCAGUCCUCACUAGAUGGCACUGUCAGCGGCGCUAGAAUAGGCGGAUCGUUAUCCAUGGCGAGACCUUCCUCUAGCAUGACCAACUUAGCGAACAUCUCGAAGACGCCUGACAUCACCUUACCUAUACGUCCAGGAUCAGCUUUGGGUAUCCCAGGUUAUACGAGCGGUCUGCAUGGGUCUAGUAGCAUAGGAGGAGGACCCCAGCUGAAGUCUGGAUUGCCUGCAAGUAUAGCCCAGUGCCUCCCUCCCGACCUCCAUCACCUUAUUUAUACCAACACUCAACCACCUUCGUUCAGCGAUCAUUAUGGGUCACAGCUCCCUGAAUACAUGCAGAACCUGAAGGAUCAGCUGAGAGAAGAGCUGAAGUCGGCAUCCACCGACCGGCGGGCAUUGCUCGAGGCUGAGCUCCUGCGGCUACAUGAGGAACGGCGCCGUGCCCUCGCCGAAAAGGACAAGGACAGGGACGGUCGCCUCCGGCGGGAGCUGGAUCGCCUCUCCUCCUCCAAUUACUCCGGAUCACUGUCGCUCAAGCAGAGAAUGGAAAUUCAGCGUCGCCUGGGCAUGGCCUCAAGCACGGGCAUAACCACAGGGUCAGCCAACUCCUCGCCCAGGAACCACCGUCGCAGAGGCCACAGGCGGCAAAUGUCAGACCCAAAGAUAUUCUCGUCUGUCUCGCCCAUAAAAGAGGACAAGGAUUUGGAGAAAGAGCUUGAGAGAAGCUUGUACGCGAGCGGUUUGCGGGACACGACGAUAAACUGCAUGGACGACGAUGAUCUCUUAGCGGCUCGUCUGCUCAGUUUAGGCAGAAGUUCUGGAAGGAGGAGCUCAGAAAGUGGCCUUGUCUCUGACUUCUGGACUCGAACAGCCACUUCUGGAGGCGGCAUGUACGACCCGGCCUUGACGGGCGUCUCCCGCUCGAAACCGGGCAGAAAGCCGCGCAAGCCUCGCUCCUGGCACCCUUCGCCAUACGCCUCCGACGACGAAGACGACCUGUUCUCGCGGGAGGAGAAGAAACAGAAGAUCAAAGCUGAGAUCGCGCGGAGGCGGCAACAGAUCGAGGAAAAUUCGCGGCUUCACGAGGAGCUGCUCCGCCUGGCCAGAUUGCGAGAGAGCGCGGAGCUUGGGUACUCCGACCCCAGAAUCCUGGGCCCUUACGACCUCAGCCCUCCUCAGUCCGCUCGUGAUACCACCACCACCAGUGUCUUACGAUCCAUAGACGAGAUCCUGCGGGAUGCUCGCGACCCUUCUUCUGGAUACUACAGCAGCUACUCGCCCUACAAGACGGGCGGGUCGCCCCCCAACCGCUACGGCAGUUCCCCAGGAGCAAGAACUUCACCUCGCCACUACUACGGCUCCCGAGGGCCCUCCCCGUCUCGCCACCCCAUGACGGAAGAAGACCGUUCCAUGGCCCGCCUCGCCUCCACUUUCCAAAGUGACGAGUUCACUGGCGCCCUCUAUGAGCGGCUGUCCGAUUUCUCCCCCCUGACGGCUGACAGCCUGAGUGACAGCAUGAGUGACUUCACUCCCGCAAUGCCCUUACUUCCGGACAUGCCGACCCGUUCACGAAAGUUGUUAGAGGACUUAGGCAGUUCACCUAUCACUAGCCAGUCUCACAGAGAUAUGAUCCGAGAUGAAUACCAAGACGAGUACAGUUCACCUGUGGAACCGGAGGACAGGGAGUACUGCAGCAGCCCAGGCUACGCCAGUUAUUACUAUCGGCCUCAUCACCACCAGCAAAGCGCCAACUAUUCAUCGGCUCAUAACGAAACGUCUUACCCGCCUGGCCAAAAUGACACUGCCAGGAGACCAAAGCCAGCUCCUCGUCCAUCCAAAGUAAGGAGGUACCUUCUGACAAGAGACCCCAAGGACAGGCGAAUCUCUGGUAAGUAACGGCCUGGAAUGAAGGUGGUAGGAGGCAAGGAGAUCCCUGGAACCAGAGGUCGACUGGGUGCCUACAUCGCUCGCAUUCAAUUAGGCGGUGUGGCAGACUCACUGGGUCAGCUCAAGGAAGGAGACCUGGUACUGGAAUGGAAUGGGAUUUCGCUGGUGGAUCGCACUUACGAAGAAGUUCAGGGCAUAGUUGUUCAGUCUGGGGACGAUGCUGAAGUGGAGAUUGUCAUUCGGAGUGACAUCGACAUGAUAACCGGAAAGCGUAUAGCAAAAAACUUGCCGAAGGGGCCACCCCACAAGGGCGACCCUCGUAACAUGGCCGCAAGUUACGACUCCAGGUACAACGACCCCUCUCCCCCUCAUCAACGAUAUGAAGAUGAACAGGACGAUGAUGAUCCUAUCAAUGAUCCUCUGGACAUCAAUGGAAACCAGUCUUCAGAGAACAACUACCCGGAUGAACUAGAUGGUGAGCAGAGGUAUUCGGACUCCUCCAAAAAAUCCAGCCCCCAUCUGGGGGGUUCUAACUCGCGUAUCAGGCACACGAGCCCAGAGCUUCCAGGACUGGACCGAGGCGUAGCUAACGAAACCAGGAGCCUGGACGGCGACGAAGGUUCAAAGUCGGUUUCAACGGCAUUUCGAGGUUCCCCCUUAAGUCGACAGGUCCUUCAUGAACGGCCUGCAUCUGCAGAUUGUAUCAACAUCAGGACCUCGCGUCCUCAGCCCAUCGGCGCCAGCCAACAGAAUACACAGAGAGCUCUCGUAUCGAAGGGCACCUCCCUCAUGGAUUUAGAGAUGAGGAGGGAGACCAACAUCCCCAUCAUCGUCUCCAAGGACACGAGCGAAGGACCCAAGAACAUCAAGCCUUGGAGGAGUCACGAACGAAUUGGCUACACCAGCUGCAGCAGUAGUCCGGUGCCGCCAAACCGUCCUUCGUCGAAGACUGGAAAAAUCAAGCACGCGUGGCCUUCCGACAGAAGAAGCAGUAACCCUGAAUUCGACCACCGCCACCACCAGCAGCAGCAACAGCCCCUGGGCGAGGUGCAAUUGCAAGUGUGUUAUGACUCGCGGGCGUGCAUUUUGUACGUGACAGUUCUGAGGGCUAAGUCUCUCUUCACGGUCCAGGACUCCGGUAUCACGAGCCCUGAUCCGUUCGUGAAGGUCUAUCUUCUGCCUGGACGCAGCCUGGAAAACCAGCGCCGAACUCGUUCCCUUACGCUGAGCAGUUGUCCCGAAUGGAACCAAACGAUGGUUUACCCGAAUAUCAUUCCGGCUGACCUUCCAAAACGGCACCUGGAAGUCUCCGCCUGGAAUUAUCGGGCCGACGUCGACAAGCCCAAUGAAUUCCUCGGAGAAGUCGUGUUGAACCUUUCGGAUUCGUCGGUGCUGGACGAGCAGGCGCGCUGGUAUCAGUUACACGAAGUUAUGAGAGGCGAACUGGCUGAUUGAUGCUUAGAUAUACAUAUCAAGAAUUCUGCAGGAUCUGUGCAUUUGCGACUGCAAUCUUUUACAAUGCCAAGUUCUUCCGUAAACAUAAGGAUAUCCUGCCGAGCAGAAGUGAUUAUGCCUGAAGGAGUCUACUAUAAGUUUGAAAGGUUAUUGAUGUUGAAGCUUGUAAUGUAAUUUGAUCUUGUCAAUUGAUUUGAUGCUCAAGGAAGAAUUUCAGCUUGAAAAAAGAAAAGAAAAGAAAAAAACAAAAGUAUUUCCCAUUGAGGAAAUCUGUGAGUUUGAGGUUCUAUUUGAGCUCCGGGAAGUAUUUUAGCUUGGAAGUUGGCUUCGCUCUGAGAAACCUUACGAGGCUAUAGAGUUAUUUAACACUGAAUAAUGAUUUAAACUUGUUAAGCCUUUGAACUAGACAUUUGUUUUUUCAGGCUCAAGGAAGUUUUAAGCUGUGAGAAUUAUUCAAGACUGCAAAGUCUUCAAGCCUAAGAUAUCCAGCUUAAAACAUCAUUUAAGCCUGAAGUCUGUAAGCUUGAAAUCCAUUUAAGCUUAUGGAAGAUUGUGCGCUUGUUUGACUUCAAAGCCUGAGGAAGUCUUCAAGCUUAGGGAAUAUAUUACUUAACUUUAAGAAAGUAUAGAGGAGUGUCUUGACCUCCUCCCUCGUAUUUAAGUGUCACUUGUUGCCUGAGAGAGACAAAAGUAGAGGAACCUCUCUGCAGAUUCAUGUCGUAGGGUGGCUGGAUUUAGAGGACUCAAAAUUAGGAAUGGCCCCGAAUUCCAAGUAGGAGCGAGCUUAGCUACACUUACCUCAUACACCGACAUAAUGUUUUCCUAAAGCUGGUAUAUACAUAAAUAGAUAUUUACAUAUAAAGUAUUAAUCACUUGUAAAAGUAGUGUCUGUUUGCCGUUUCGCCUCCUCAACUUACGAUCCUAUGUUUCAAGUGGAAAAGAUAAGGGUGAAUUUGGAGCUUUCCAAUAAGCUGUGUAGGCCAUUCUAAGAAAAGCUCUCCUUUGUGUAAGCAUAAUUCUUUUUCCUCUGUUAACUAACUUACAUAAGUAAAUAUAUAUAUAUAUAUAUAUAU